AGAUUCCAAUAUAGAAUAGUUUGAUGUUUUGGGAAAAACGCUUAUUAGCUCUCUUGCUAAGUGUUGAUGAGAUGUCAAUACCACUCUGGUUCCUUUAGCUUAGCAUAACGACUGGAAACAGGUAGCCUGGCUCUGUUAAAAGGUAACUAAAUCUGCUUGCCAGCACCACUAUGAUGUUUGUAGAUGUUUUUACCUUUGGACAGGGCAAGGCUUUAUUUAUAUGUACCCCUGUCUCUGCUCUUUAUGCUAAGCUAAGCUAACCAGCUGCUGGUGAUUUAGCCUGUUUCCCAUCUCUUCACAGGAGCAGAUUUUUGUGCAGAAUGUCAGACUCGCUGACAUUUUCCCACAGUGGUGGCAAGUCAACGGCAACCCCUCAGGCUAGCCAACACACAUGUGAGCCCUCUCGCCAGCUGAUGGCAGAAUCACAGACUAAAGAGGGCAGGGGCGUCUGCUUCAACCAGCAAGAGAGCAGCGACUUCAGCUUGAGGACUGCAGAUGUGAACAGGAGGCACAGUGCUGAUGGGACCAUCGGUUCAGGGUCUGGAUCAACACCGCGACGAGGCUCUGUUGACGCUGACCGUUACCAUCCGUACCAUCGACAGUUCAGCGAUGGAGCAAGGCCGGGUGCGGGUUGCCUCCAACAGGACACGUCUUCCUUCAGCUGUCUGCAGGAGGUGUUUAGCCCUGGCACUCGUUCACACAGCUCGAGACGCGAGGCACCAUCAUCCUGGGACCAGUACGACGGCAGCGUUCAGCAGAGUUCGUUCCCAGAACUACUAACUGUACCAGUAGACCCCUCCUGCUUCCUGUCUCAAAGCUAUCCAUCCUACAGCUCGUCGAGCCCUCUACAACAGGUCUCCUCUAGACUAUAUCCUAAUAACGAUCAGUCCAACAGCUCAAAAUAUUCUCUCCAAAGUCUCUCCACUCAAUCACACCAGGAGAGCACCAAACAGUCCCUCUUCCCCAAGCCCAUUUACUCAUACAGCAUCUUGAUCUUCUUGGCUCUGAAGAACAGCAAGACAGGAAGCCUGCCAGUCAGUGAGAUCUACAGCUUCAUGGCUGAACACUUCCCCUAUUUCAAGUCAGCUCCUGAUGGAUGGAAGAACUCUGUGCGUCACAACCUCUCCCUGAACAAGUGCUUUCAGAAGGUGGAGAACAAAAAUGGGAACUCGUCCCGUAAAGGCUGUCUUUGGGCUCUCAAUCCCGCCAAGGUGGACAAAAUGCAGGAGGAGCUGCACAAGUGGCGUCGCAAGGACCCCAUCAGUGUUCGCAGGAGCAUGGCGAGACCAGAAGACCUUGAUCGUCUAAUGGGAGAGGGACCGAACAAGCUCAGGUCUUUGCCACUUUACACCAACCCAGCUUUGUUAUCCAGAGUGGCCCCUUUCUACGGCACCACCUCGUCAUCAUGCAACCCAGCCCAGCUUCGACCACUGUUUCGGCGUCCACAGUAUGCCCAUGUUCAACCUCAGCAGCCCUGCUACCUUCCCCCUGCCGCUGCUCACCCCAGCAACUCCUUUGCCCUGUACUCACCCUGUGGACAGCAGCCUGCAGCUGGCAUCCCAUCAGCCACUGGAGGCUUGCACUCCCCCGUGGCUGGUAAGAUGCCACCUAGUUACAAUAGCGCCCUGCAGGCUGAGUUCAGCUCCAGGAGCAUGCAGGACUUGCUGAUGGAGGGGGACGCCACUUAUGACAUCGACACGCUCAACCCCAGUCUGACUGACCUGCAGCUGCAAGGUAACUUGUGGGAGGAGUUACAGCAGGACAACUUUGUGUCUGAUCCACAAGUUACCACCGUGACUCCGCACACGACCUCUGCCCUGCAGGACCACCACGUCCGGACCGGCUUCACGCGGGUCACGUCUCGUGACGGUCAGACGUCAGAGGUGACGGGCGUCGGUCGACAAAGAGCAGAGGACGAAGACGAGAACACAGGCAGAAUCUUUGACCAGCACGGCUGUUUGAAUGGACUGCAUCCUGCGGUUUAUUCAGGGGUGGAGAGUCUUGCUGGGUAUCUGACUUCCUGUACCGCAUCCAUCUCCUUAAUAUAAAGACCUGACUCUUUGGGCUCUUUCACACUCUGACUAUUGAUGUAACCUACUAUAUCAACCUGAAUAGGGAAUAUUGUCAAAAGGAGCUUCUUGCCACAGUAUUAGCUUGGUGGUUAUUUAAACCAUCAAAUCCUCGAAAUAGGAAAUAGUUAUAUCUUUUUUUUUGUCUGUUUAAAUAUACAUUUCUUCCACCCCCCAUUUAUUUAUUUGCAAGAGCUCCAGUUACAUAUUAUGGUGAGUUAGCUAAUGGUAAUAGGUUUUUAUAAAUGGAAAAGUAAAAAGGAGACAGUUGAUACAUAAAUAAUUAUAAUUAAAUUCCUUAUUGAAAACUUUGUGAAUUUGCUAUUUAUUUACCUGAUACAAACUGUAUUGUUACGUUGAUUCUAACAUGUCACAUAAUUGUGGUAUUAAUUCAUGUAUUUUUAAGUAAUUCUAAAAAAAUGUUUUGUCUUUUACGAAUUGUCAUAUCCAAUUAAUUAUGACUUAGUAAAGUUGUUUAUGAUGAUAAGGAGGAUUUCCUCUUCUUCAGCACCUUACAUUGAACUGACUACAACCUGAAACAAAUGUACAGUUGCCUGAAUUAUAUAAAUGC